AUGGUGGUGGUGGCGCAGUGGCAGGAUGCAGCCGACCUCUGCACAUGUGCGGUCAGAAAAGGAUUGUUUGCUGGGAUAAAGCUGAAGAAGAAGAAGAAAGGAGAGAAGGGGUUAACGAUUGCAAACAAAGGAGCAGUGGGUGACCAUGAAGAUACUGAAAGCCUGCACCAAGAGUUUCCUGGUGGUCAAGAUGGAGAUGAUGGGGAAACUAUGUAUGAUGACGCUGCCUCUACCAGUAGCUUUGGUGCCUCAGGGCCAUGGAAGAAGAGAGCAAAAGUGGAGUCGAAGGUCCAUGAAGGGGAGGUGAAAUCCCAGAGUUAUCAGAUUGCUAUAACAAUCAUUGAAGCUCGGCAGCUUGUCGGUGAGAACAUUGAUCCUGUGGUGAUUAUAGAGAUUGGGGAUGAAAAGAAGCAGACAACAGUCAAAGAAGGAACCAAUGCACCAUUUUACAAUGAGUAUUUUGUGUUUGACUUCAUUGGCCCCCAAGUGCAUCUGUUUGACAAAAUUAUCAAAAUCUCUGUUAUGCAUAACAAGCUGAUAGGGAGCAUAUUGAUUGGCUCCUUUAAAGUAGAUUUGGGGACAGUUUACAGUGAGCCAGGUCAUCAGUUUUGUGACAAGUGGGCCCUUCUCACAGACCCUGCUGACAUUAGGACCGGAGCCAAGGGAUAUUUGAAAUGUGACAUCAGCGUUGCCGGGAAAGGAGACACAAUACAGGCCAUUCAGAAAACAAGUGAUGCGGAAGAACAGAUAGAGAAGAGCCUCUUGAUUCCCAAAGGAUUUCCAUCGGAAAGGCCUUGGGCCAGAUUUUAUGUGAGAAUCUACAAAGCUGAAGGGCUUCCCAAGAUGAACUCUAGCAUCAUGGCCAAUGUCACCAAAGCAUUCAUGGGUGACAGUAAAGACCUUGUGGAUCCAUUUGUGGUGGUCACAUUUGCGGGUCAAAUGGGCCGGACAACAGUGCAGAAGAACAGUGCUGACCCUGUGUGGCACGAACAGGUGGUCUUUAAGGAAAUGUUCCCACCACUCUGUCGAAGGGUCAAAAUCCAGGUGUGGGAUGAAGGCAGCAUGAAUGAUGUAGCUCUAGCCACUCACUUCAUUGACUUAAAGAAAAUCUCAAAUGAACAGGAUGGUGAUAAAGGGUUCUUGCCUACCUUUGGGCCUGCUUGGAUCAAUCUUUAUGGCUCACCCAGGAACCACAGCUUGAUGGAUGACCACCAGGAGCUCAACGAAGGGUAUGGUGAAGGUGUCUCUUUUCGGGGACGCCUCCUGAUUGAACUUGCCGUGGAGAUCCUUUCUGGAGGAGCCCAUGAGUCAAAGUUUUCAAAGAUGAUUAAGGACAUAAAGCUGCCUUCCAAAGAUAAAGACUCCAAAGGCUCUAAAGGAACAGGAAAAGACAAAGACAAAGGAGAAGAUGGAAAGCCAUCCUCUCCAUCAGAUAAAACAAACUCAACGGAUGUGGAAGUUGAGCCAUUUGAUGUGCCACCUGAGAUCCAUGAGGAACAAUGUGAGGAAUUUCUUCUCUUCGGGGCAUUUUUUGAAGCCACAAUGAUUGAUAGGAAGGUUGGAGAUAAACCAAUAAGCUUUGAGGUGUCUGUUGGGAAUUUUGGCAACAUUAUUGAUGGAGUAUCACCAGGAGCUGGGGGCAAAAAGAAGGCCCAUGAUGGAGAAGAGGAAGAGAGUGCCCCAUUGUUGCAUGAAGGAGCAGGAGACUCUUCUCACGACCUUGCAGUGCCACUGGUGUCUACGACACACCCUGAGAAGCCGCUUCUCACUGAGGGAAACAGAAACUAUCAUUACCUGCCUUAUGAUGAUAAGAAGCCCUGUAUAUAUAUAAAGAGUUUUUGGGGUGACCAAACCUUCAGGCUAUAUUUUUCUAACAUCCUUGAAAAAAUGGCAGAUCUCUUGGAAGAAGGUUUAGAACAAGUGAAAGAUUUGAUCAAAGUUUCUGAGAUUGCAUCGGAAGAGGAAAUGAAGUCCACUCUAAGUCAUUUUAUCAGUCAAAGCAGGGCCUUCAUUGCUAAUGCUGAAAAAAAGCCCAAACUGAUGAACCGAACAGCUUUGGACAAAAAGAGACUGACGUUGUGUAAGCAAGAAUUGGAAGCCAUGUCCAAAGAUGCUAAAGGGAUCAUCCAGCAGCAAAAGAAGAAGAUUCUACUGGAUGAAAUGAUGCGCGAGACCCAGAACUUUAUUGAGAAAAUUCGUUUCUUGGUCGAUGAGCCUCAGCAUACUGUGCCUGACGUGUUCAUCUGGAUGCUCAGUAACAACAAAAGAGUUGCGUAUGCAAGAAUCCCAGCGAAAGACGUGCUCUAUUCCCCUGUGAAUGAGCAGAGAGGCAAGCAUUGUGGGAAGAUCAAAACCCAUUUCUUGAAAUUGCCAGGAAAACGGCCUCCCGGUUGGAAUGUCCAUGGGAAAGUUGACACUUACCUGUGGCUUGGUUCUGCCAAAUAUGCCCAUGCAAUUUUGGACAACUUACCUGUUGGUUUUGAAAUGGAAACACUUUCAUCAGGACAUCACGCCCCUCUGCCUGCCAGUUUGAUGUACAAAAGUAAGAACGUUUUCCAGAUGAGGGCUCACAUGUAUCAGGCCAGGGGGCUUAUAGCAGCGGACAGCAGUGGACUUUCUGAUCCCUUUGCCAAAGUUACUUUUGUUUCCCACUGCCAGACCACAAAGAUCAUUCAACAGACUUUGUCUCCUACCUGGAACCAGAUGCUACUGUUUAAUAAUAUUCUGCUUCAUGGAGAUGGAAAAGAAAUUGCUGAAUUCCCUCCAAGGAUUGUUGUCGAACUCUAUGAUGAUGAUGCAGUGGGUAAAUCAGAGUAUAUUGGCUCUACAGUGGCUUCCCCUGUAACGACACUGGCUGGUGAGAAAUAUGAGCCACCUAAGCUUUGCUACCACCCAGUAUAUUGUGGAAAUCUUUCUGGAGGGGAUCUCCUUGCUGCAUUUGAGCUGCUACAGGUCUCCAACUCUGGUCCUGAAAACCUCCCACCUGUGGAUCCUCCAGAUGUCAGCCAGAUCUACCCAGUCCCAGCCAACAUCAGACCCAUUUUAAGUAAAUACAGAGUGGAGGUUCUGUUCUGGGGUCUUCGUGAACUGAAGAAGGUGCAACUUCUCUCUGUGGACCGCCCGCAAGUUCUCAUUGAAUGUGCCAGCAAAGGAGUGAAAUCUUGUGUCAUCCAGAGCUACAAAAACAAUCCCAAUUUCAAUAUCCAGGCAGAUUGGUUUGAAGUGGAACUGCCUGAAAAUGAACUGCUGCACCCCCCACUCAGCAUCUGCGUUGUCGACUGGAGAGCCUUUGGCCGCAGCACUCUGGUUGGGACACACACCAUCAAUUGCCUUAAGCAGUUCCUCUAUAAGCCCACGGAACUGCCUGCUGCAUCAGCAAAGGAGGCUGACUCAGAAACUGACAGAACUUCACCUACUCCAGGACAGACACUUCGACCACUCCAGCCCCAAGAGUCUCCAACGGAUCAUGUCUACAUUGAUGUGGAACACGGCUCACCUGUCUUCGCAGUUCCUGAGCCUGAGCCAGCAACAGUACCUGCUCCAUCAUCGGCACCAGCACCUUUAACAAAGCCUGCAUCAUCUUCUAUCCCUGAACCUGCAAAGGAUGGGAAACAAAAAGACUUGAGAAAGUCAUCUCGCCGCUCCACCAAGAGAAAAAAGAGAACGAUAGCAGAUGAAUCUGCUGAAAACGUUAUUGACUGGUGGUCAAAGUACUAUGCUUCUGUGCAAAAAGUACAAAAGGCAAAAGUGCUUGACUUCAGUGAUGGAAAGCCAGGAAACACAAAACAGACUACUGACCACGUAGCAUUAAGCAUCGAAGAUGAACCAGACAAAAAGAAGAAAGAAAAACUGCUUAAGAAGAAAGUGAAAGAAGCACCUCCAAAUCUAGCCACAAUGGAGAUCUAUGAUGGAGAUUUGGAGAGCGAAUUUAACAACUUUGAAGACUGGGUGAAGACAUUUGAACUCUUCCGUGGAAAGGCUGAUGAAGAUCACAGCAAUUAUGAAGAGAGAAUAAUAGGGAAGUUUAAGGGAUGUUUCUGCAUAUACAAAAGUCCAGAAGACUGUUGCUCAGGAGAUGGAGGCCAGCCUAAGAUUCUUCAGGGGAUACCUCCAAAUCACUCUGUAAAAGUUCUAAUCAGAGUAUAUAUUGUGGCAGCAUUUAAUCUAAGUCCAGCUGAUCCAGAUGGCAAAUCUGACCCUUACAUUGUGCUUAGACUGGGCAAAACAGAAAUUAAAGACCGAGACAAUUACAUUCCCAAGCAGCUAAAUCCAGUUUUUGGAAGGUCAUUUGAAAUCCAGGCAAGUUUCCCUAAGGAAUCCCUGCUUUCAGUCUUGAUCUACGACUACGACUUGAUUGGUUCGGAUGAUCUCAUUGGAGAAACAAAAAUUGAUUUGGAAAACCGUUUCUACAGCAGGCAUCGAGCUACCUGUGGGUUGCAGAGCCAAUAUGAAAUUGAAGGAUACAAUGCCUGGCGAGAUGCCACCAAGCCAACAGAGAUCCUGACCAAGCUCUGCAAAGAUAACAGACUGAGUGGGCCCUACAUGCAACCUGGGAAGAUACAAAUAGGGGGCAAAGUCUUUACGGGGCAGACAGUCUUCCAAGCCGACGAGAAUGAGGAGCCAGUUGAAUCCUAUGAACACCUUGCUCUGAAGGUUUUACGUUCCUGGGACCAAAUCCCAGCAAUUGGGUGUAAGCUGGUGCCUGAACACAUCGAGACACGGCCUCUUUAUCACAAAGAUAAACCUGGCAUGGAGCAGGGCCGUGUACAGAUGUGGGUGGACAUGUUUCCUAAAGAUAUGCCUCUCCCAGGACCGCCUGUUGAUAUUUCACCCAGAAAACCCAAAGGUUACGAACUGAGAGUAAUAAUCUGGAAUACAGAAGAUGUUAUUUUAGAAGAUGAGAAUAUCUUCACAGGACAGAAAUCAAGUGACAUCUAUGUAAAAGGGUGGUUGAAAGGCCUGGAAGACGACAGGCAAGAGACAGACGUACAUUACAACUCUUUGACUGGAGAAGGGAACUUCAACUGGCGCUUUGUGUAUCCAUUCCAUUAUCUCCCAGCUGAGAAGCAAGUGGUGGUCAGUAAGAGAGAAAACAUAUUUUCAUUGGACAAGACCGAACGCAAAAUACCCGCAGAACUGGUGCUCCAGGUGUGGGACUUUGAAAGGCUUUCUUCUGAUGACUUUCUGGGCUCCCUUGAAAUGAACCUUAAUGGCUUUCCCCGGGCAGCCAAAACCGCGAAGCGCUGUGACAUAAGCAUGGUGACCGCAAUCACAGAGGAGAACAAGAUUUCUAUAUUUCAGCAAAAGCGUGUCAGAGGCUGGUGGCCCUUCAUCAAAGCUGGAGAACUCACGGGCAAAGUGGAAGCUGAAUUUCAUCUAGUCACAGCAGAGGAAGCUGAGAAAAAUCCAGUGGGCAAAGCUCGGAAGGAGCCAGAACCUUUGGAAAAGCCAAACCGACCCGACACUUCCUUCUCCUGGUUUGUGAACCCUUUCAAGUGUUUGUAUUACCUCAUCUGGAAAAAUUUCAAGAAAUACAUCAUCAUUGGGCUGAUUCUGAUUAUUUUGAUAAUAUUCCUAGUCCUUUUCAUCUACACACUACCUGGUGCCAUCAGCCGUAGGAUUGUUGUGGGCACUACUUAGAAGACUGUUAUUUCUCAAGUGUAGCACUAGCAGUUCAGGAAAAAAACUAAAAACUCAGCUUUUGCCCAUACUCAGACUAUAUAUGGUAGAAUAUAUUAGAAGAUAUAACCCACUAUUUUACAAUAUUUAAGUGCAUUCAGGGGCGUAGCUAGGGGAGAGUGGGCCUGUGUUCGCCCCUCUCCCCGGUGGCCCCUCAGAGUGAGGGAGAUAAUGAAAAAAAAAUAGGAAGGGAUAGAGCUGGGGGGCCCUCAGGAGCUGGAGGGCCCAGGUUCUUUGAACCCAUCCACUCAAUUAUAGCUAUACCCCUGAGUGCAUUCAUGGCCACUUACCACAUAACUCCAUGAAUUACUCUCUCAGAGCCAAGUUAGACACAAUGGAGACAGUUCCAUGUGUUCGAAUUUGAAUUUGCCCCAAUCAUGUAGAAAGAUAGGCUGAGUUCAGACAUCAUGAAGAACCAUGGUUAUUUAGUCUAACUGUAGUUAGUUUACUGGCUGGUUCAGACACCACAUGGAAUCUUUGUUAAAGGAAGACCCUGCAUAAAGUCCCUGAGCCUUGGGAACAUGCGCUUUCCCCCUCCUAUCCUCAUGCAAGUGUCUACUUCCUAUCUGGGUUACAAGAAGCCAUAACUGGUCUGAAUCAACCAGUGUUGGCUUAUUUUAACCCUACUGAAUUCAAAUAAGCCGAGAUCUGUACCCAAGGUUAUAGAUAACAGGUUAUUUGAAGCCUGUAGGUUAGAAUAAGCCCAGAUUGGU